CAGCUGAGGGUAGUUCACUCCAGACGCAAGCGGGGACGGCUGUGGCUGACUGACAAAAACACUCCUGUAUAUUUUAUACUUUUAUAUUUUUCUACACCGACAUCUUCACUGCCCAACCGGGGAUCCAGGAACAAGUAAUAUAUAUUACAGAGACAAGCAUUGAAGAAAGACGGAAGAGAGUUUGGAAGUCAGACGUUUAAACACAGCAUCAGCCAACUACGAAGACAGCCAUGCAGGUGGAGAUCCAAGUCGCCCUCAACUUCCUCGUGUCCUACCUGUACAACAAGCUUCCCCGCCGGCGGGUGAACAUGUUUGCAGAGGCUCUCGAGAAGGGACUGCUUGCCAAGUUUGAGGGUCACUGGUACCCGGAGAAGCCCUUCAAAGGGUCUGGGUACCGGUGUAUCCGGAUCAGCACCACCCUGGACCCGGUGGUUCUGAAGGCCUGCGACGCCAGUGGGCUCGACAUCACCGACGUCAAGGGCCACCUUCCCGAGGAGCUGAGCAUCUGGGUGGACCCCAAGGAGGUCUCCUACCGCAUGGGGGAGCGGGGGCCCGUGAAGAUCCUCUACGCCGCCGAGGAGGAGGACGUGGCAUGCGACAAGGAGAUCCUCUCCUCCAGCGGGUUCAACCCAGACGCCCAGGUGUUCCGUCCAAUCGAAAACACCCUGGGGACCCUCUCGCCCGAGAAGUCGCCCUCCCCGUCCUCGGGCAUGAUGUUCAGCAGCAGCUCGGUCAGCCCGACCAUCUUCCAGCGCAACAACACCCCGACCAUGACGACGGCAGAGUUUGCCCAGACCAAGUUCGGCUCCACCAAGCCCAAGACCCAGAAGAAGUCCGGCCCCCGCAUGUCCCCGACGGAGUACAUGAAGCAGAAGGCCUCUCAGUUCCCCACAAACGUCCCCACAAACAAGCCGGCACGCGCGCUGUCCCCCAAUGCAAAGGAGUUCGUCUACAACCCCCAGCCAAAGAUGAUGGCAGACACUCUGGGCUUCAACAACCUCUUCAUCCAAGACACCUUCGGGUUCGGCCUGGGCGGGUUCGACCAGAUGCCGUCUCCCAACAACCUGAACGACAGUGCCAAGUCCUACCUGGAUGGCCUCAACUUCAACCUGAACACCAUCCAGUACCCCGGGCAGCCCUACCCCCAGGUCAUGGUGGCUAACUGAGCUGACAGGACUCUGGCUAUUACGUCAGCAUCUCACGAUGUCUUUAUUAUGUGAGGUCCACAUAAGGCAUGCUCGUACCCGAAAGCUGCUAGAUAGGACUCUUAGUUGAAGUCCAGAAAGUUGAAAGUGCUAAAAGUGGAAAAAGGAAAACGAUACAGGAAGUUCUGAGACUUCCACAGUUUGAAUAGAACAUGUUAGGAACUGUUAUUUACUCCUGUUAGGAAGGACUCUGUUUUCAUGUGACGAAAAGUGGGCCAGCUUGAUUUUAUGACAAAAAGGUUGCAAUGUGUUCUCAACAGGGCAGGGAUAUGUGUGUGUUGAUGAAAUUUUAUCAGAAGGAAUUUUUGGAAUGAAAACAAGACUUUUGUAUUGAAGGAUGUGUGUUAUCUUGGACAUUUGAAAUGUUCAAUGUCAGUUGGAAUAUCCAUCUCAUACUUAGAUGACAAAGACUGCCAUUUGGGGCCAGUGUUGGUUUCUCCACACUGCUGUGUGGGCACCACUUGUUGCUGCACUACUACCUAAACAAGUGUUUCAGUACCGGAGUUGUUUUAAAGACUUAUGUUGUUUCUUCUGAACUGUACUUGAGGUAUAGCACACUUUAAUCUUGAGGUGGACUUUUAUGGAAUUUGAAGGUUUCUAUGAUAAUGGUCAUUGUCAAGUCAUUGGCAUAUUUUGAGAAGGACCUUUAUGUAGUGUUGACACAGAGAAACUGAAUGGUUUGUAAUGAAUUGUGCAAAUUGUGUAAGUAUGGCUAUGUUCUUACGGUUUUCUAUAUUUGUGAAAGCCAUUUGGAGACCAUAGUGUAUGUGUAUACUAUAUUCAUUUUCCAGCUUAAGAGUAUAUAUUGAUAUACUUUGUACAAGAUACACCGUAAGGUUGUAAGCCUUAUCUUUUCUACAUUUGCUGUAUUAAAAUCCAGAGAAAUAGAGAAAGCUAAAGCAGCUUUACUUUUUAUACAAAAGCCUAUAAAACCCAACUGUAUAGUAAGAGGGUUAGAGAUUCAAUAUAUCCGCAGAUGAGUUGUAUUUUCUUUCCAGAUGUAAAGUUUCCUAUCUUGUACAAUUCCAAUGUCAAUUCCGGAAGUAUUAAUUUUCUACUGAAUUUGUGCAAUAAGUCAGUAUGGAACGUGUACAUGGGGGUAAAACAAAUGUCAUAUCUCAGUUGGACAGAAGAGUAUACAGUAGGUGUUGCAUCAUAAUUGUUUAUAUUGUUCAGAUUUUUUAAGUUUGUAUUAAAAAUUUACAGAAAAAUAUUUUGAAA